GUCUCGUGUCGCAGGAGAAAAAGUCUCUUACACCAUCGAAUUCGCAGUGCCUCUGCGCCCAGUUAUCCCCCGGAUUCCAAUAUCCAUCAACCUUCCCCCGGGCACUGCGGAAUCACUACAGAGUCUGCAAAGAGCUCCUUCAGCUCUCAUGAAGAGGUUGAGGCUCCUGAGAUGGAGCGGCACUGUACUUUCACCUCGAACGAGACCGGAACUCCUUCAAUGUCAACCUCGCCUUCAUCGACGGUUCCAAGCGACCGCUGCCGCUCCCUCAGAUCCCGAAGAUGAAUCCCUGCGUCAAGUCACAGAUGGGCCCUAUCUCUCCGAGGAAGAACUCAUGAAGUUGCCCUCACCUCCGGUCGCCGCCGCAAGGACGUCUGCCAAACUGGCUGCCUUGCAUGCUCGACUCGCCUUACCCUCUCGUUUCCCCCUCGAAACUUUGGCACGAACCCUUGUUGACGACUCGGCGGAUCGCUCUAUGCGAUUCAACAACAAAGCCUUUGCCCUGCUUGGGAAUGACUUGUUGGGAUUCUACACAUCUGAAUACAUUAUAAGUCAAUACCCAAGGUUACCGCUCGCCGUCAUCUACGCGGCAAUGUACGCCUAUCACGGCCCUGCGACGUUGACGCAGAUGGCUAAAGAAUGGGGUGUGGAAGCUGCCGCUGAACCCGGAGGUGAGGUCGACCCAGGCCUGUUGCAAUUCAAGAGAAUGCCUCCGGAACAAACUCUUGGGAAUGGGGGUUCAGGUUCAAGCGGCAGUAAUAAUGACCCGAGAGCAAAAUGGACACGAAGUUUAAGUGCCAAGUCGGUCCACAACGACCAGUUUGGUGAACUUCCUGAACGGCCAACUCCGUCUGAAGAUUUGGCCUCGAAAGGCGUCACUCUACAACGAGCCAGUACAAAUUUUGUGAGAGCAGUGAUUGGCGCAGUAUACUUGCACGCGGGGAGAGCGGCCGCAAAGAAAUUCUACAGCGAUCACUUCAUGUCUCGACAAUUGGAUAUGUCAAGUCUAUUCCAGUUUAAGAAUCCAACCAGAGACUUGAGCCGACUGUGUGGAAGAGAAGGAUUCCAGGCACCUGUGGCCAAGAUUUUGAGUGAAACUGGGCGGAAGAGCAGGACCCCCGUUUACGUGGUGGGAAUAUAUUCAGGCAGCGACCAGUUGGGCGAAGGCGCAGGUGCCAGCUUGGACGAAGCCAGAACACGAGCGGCAGUGGCAGCACUCAAGGGCUGGUAUCUUUACAGCCCAACCGAGUUUCGAUUGCCUAGCGAAAUGGAAGAGCCCGGAGCCAAAGCGUGGAACCCGAUUCUGGUGGAUGCCGGCGAAGUUGUCGGCUAAUGUCUGCUUGAGCCUUUUGUUCUCGCGGCCCUUUGUCGUCGAGGCUCAAUGUACUUUUAUGACAGCUUGGACAAAAAUUCUGCAGGGACAUAUGUAAGCAUUAUCAGGCGCCGGGAGGAGCUCUGGUGCACAAGGCAGCCACUGGCGGGUCGGGAGAGAUGUAUGCACACGCAAAAUGUUAACAAAUGUUCCUCUCCCGCCUCUUCUUUUUGACUUUGAACCGUCACCGAUGGCCCUGAAGUACGCUGGCGGUCUUUUGCAGGUCGGGUUUCAAGGCGCAGUACACCAGCAGCUAGCCACAAGGGCUGGGAGCAGUUCGACUCGGCUGGGGCCGCUCGCCUUGUCCAGUGCCUGAGAAGCGGUGAGCAUCUUGAAGGUCGUGUAACCGGUGUUCAUGGGCUGUGUCAAUAUUGAGCUGUCUCGUCCCUUGAGCAUGGAUUCCGGAGCACGGUACAUGGGGUAUGGUAUACUAUCCAGCA